AUGUUUACCUUGCUUGCUGCUGCUGCUGCUGCACGCGCGGGCGUUGCAGACGCCAAGGAGCCGGAGAUGCAGAUCGGGAACCCGACGGACGUCAAGCACGUCGCGCACAUCGGCUGGGACAACGCCUCCGUCACCGCGCCCAGCUGGAUGAACGAAUUCAAGGCUACGCCGGGCGCGCCCAGGGGCGGCGAGCCGGAGCCCUCGCAGCCUGGGGGCGGAGAAGGAGGAGCGGGAGGGUGCGGAGAGGAGCAGCCGUCGCAGCCUGGAGGAGCAGCAGCUGGUGGCAGGGCGGAGCAGGCGGAGCGGCCGCGGCGGACGAGGGGGAAGGGGUCGGGAGGCAGCGAAGCGAAGCGGCGCGACGGCGCGGGCGAGGGGUCGCGGCGUGAUAGGCGGCUGGCGAAGACGGAUGCGGAGGGCUGCGAGGGGGAUGCCGCGGCAGCGGCGCCGAAGCAGCGGCGGAGGAAGCCGCGGGCGUCGGGGGGUCAGUCGAAGUCGUCGUCGGGGGGCGCCGGCUGCGGCCCCGCCUCAGACUCGGAGGUGGUACGGUCGGCGGCGGCGCCAGGGGCGGAGGACGACCGCAACGGCUACUGAAG